UCGCUACGUUAAAGCACUAAAAGCUGCCGAGUCCUUCCGUGUUUCAGACGUGGCGCCGGAGCUCAUUCAGCAGCCAGCUUCAUUCACAGCUCUGGCUUUCAUACUCAUCUCUCAGUCCCUUCGCAAUGUGGAGUAAAGCUGCCCUAGUGGCAUUAAUGGCCUUUGCACUGGGAUACGUCUAUCACACAAACCCCAAUCUUCAGGAGCGUGCGUUACAUCUCAUCACCCAGUCCAUCCCUCAGUUACUGUUCACCUCACAGCAUGAACAUAGUACCACAAACCUGGAAGAAACCAUCUCCCGAGCCUGGGACGCACUCAUCACUGCACCGACAAGGCACUGGGGUCGAAUAGCAGUAGGGGUAAACGCCUGUAUCGACGUAGUGGUCUCAGGCGUCCACUUGCUCCAAGCUUUGGCUCUUGACCCAGGAUUCGGGCAAGACCAUGACGUGUUGCACUCCAAAGAGGACCUAAAAGAGUCCUUCAUUCACUACAUGGAAAAGGGUGCAGCUGCUGAACGUUUCUUUUCGGAUAAAGAAAUCUUCCAAAGGAUCGCAAGGGCCGCUGCUGAAUAUCCUGGUGCUCAGGUAUACGUGGGAGGAAAUGCUGCUCUGAUUGGCCAGAAACUCGCCUCUUACCCCGAGCUGGUGGUUCUAUUGUGUGGCCCUAUUGGGCCAAAGCUGCAUGAAUUGCUGGAUGAACAGAUAGUAGUUCCACCACAAUCACUUCAGGAAUCUGAUGAGUUUCACCUCAUCCUUGAGUACAAGGCAGGGGAGCGGUGGGGUUCGAGUCAGGCCCCUCAAGCAAAUCGCUUCAUCUUCUCUCACGAUGUGUCCAAUGGGAAAAUGAGCACGUUGGAGACCUUUGUGGCCAGUCUGGAGGAGUUCCAGCCUGGACUGGUGGUUCUGUCAGGAAUCCACAUGAUGGAAGGAAUGGGCCGUGAGCUCUGGGAGGAAAGAAUCAAAGAGUUUGCUGUCACCAUCUCCGAUAUUCGCAAUGAGGCACCCAUCCAUCUGGAGCUGGCCAGUAUGACUGAUCAACAUUACAUGAGCAUCAUCACGAAGGAGCAGGUCUUGCCCAUGGUGGACUCGAUCGGUCUGAACGAACAGGAGCUGCUUUUCCUGUCUCAGGCUGGCGGAGGUCCUCACUCUGAUCUCCGCUCAUGGAACGGCAUUCCUGACGUCGGCCGUGUCGCCGAUAUCCUCCUCUGGAUCCUGGAGCAGCACGGCCGAGCCGACCUGGACUCUGAAGCCCAUCUAACACGCAUCCACUUCCACACGCUGGCUUAUCAUGUGCUGGCCACAGUGGACGGCCACUGGGGGAACCAGCGCGGAGCCGUAGCGGCCGGGGCUCGCGUCGCCAGCUCUCAGGCAUGUGGAUUACAAGCUGUGGACGUCAGUAAGGUGGAGCUCAAGGCUCCGCUCAGAUUCUACAGCUCUUUCUCAGAACCGAAAGAGGGCUUAGUUUUGGACCCGUUUAAUCCGGUGACUGUGUGGAGAAGGGGGAACGUGUCCUUCCAUCUCAGUCCAGUACUCGUAUGCAAACAGCCACUGAGGACAGUAGGGCUGGGGGACGCAAUCUCAGCAGAGGGACUCGUCUACUCUGAGAUUGUUCCCCGCUCUGACUAAACGUGAACUGAGGGCCAAUAAUGUCUUAAACGUUUCUAUGCUCUUGAUGCCAUGCCUGCUAAGCAUCUAACCAGCUGGAUAGAUGUUCCUGUAGGCGCUCCUCCAUUCCUUUAGACCUUAAUGUGACAAAAUGGAUGAGGAGAGGGUGUUUUUUCAUGGGUACAGGAAUGUGACUUUAUCCUCACUUUGUCUUCUACAAACUCAGUGCGUAGUCUUAAUCUGUUUUGGUGAGUACUGUACUGUCUUACUUGAGACCAUAUUAUUGCACUGAGUAGAAAAUGAUGUUCUGAUUUUUCUUCCCCCUUCCUCCACACUCCAUGGCUCUAUUGACUACUAUGACAUGGACCUAUUUAUGUGCAAGGAGCAGAAUCACUGAGCUGCUAUAAAAUGGAAAUAAAAAAGCCUUGAGAAUCCCAAAGGCCCCCAAUGAAAUCAAAUGCCUUAACCAAAACUGUCAUGCUUUAAGUGGCUAUGCAUGUAGGGCUUAUCUGGGUUCUGCCCUCAAAACAAUCCUAUCAUUUACUCCUUCCUCAACUAGUUUAAGUUUAAGUUAACUAACAAAUUCUCAAAUUUGGCAAAAGUUUAGACACACACUAGCCAAGAAAAUAAAAAAACCAAAACUGCUUUAAACUUUAUUCCUUAUGAAGCUUCAUGAAGGAGCUUCACCCAGAAGGCUUUUCCCUGAAUUCACCAAGCUUCAAGAUUCUUCUCCUAAAAUGUACUAAUUUAGAAAAACCUACGUUUACUUUAAUGUUAAGUAAAAUCUACUUAUAAAAAUGUAAACAGGGGCAUUAACUCCAUUAUGUACAACUCUCUCAUAUUUUAGCUGUAAGCUUUUAUCAGAAUGUCUAAAACA